AUGUAUGUUCUGGUCCGAGUCCGGGAAGUCCGAGUACAUGGUGGCGUGCAGCAAUCGGACACAACGUAUGGCGCAGACCCGACGGGAAAGAACGACUCUUCGGACGCCUUCAACUUUGCUAUUGAAGCUUGGAGCCGAACUGGCAACACAGUCACGACCCGGCCAGCGUACAUUUACGUUGAACCGGGCACGUACCGGAUCAGCUCAUCGAUCCAAAUGCUCGUCAGUACAUUCCUGGUCGGAGAUGCCCUGAAGCCUCCCACACUGGUGGCAGACGCGUCGCUCGGCGAAAAUCCCGUCAUCAAUGGUUACGACUCGCAUCAAGGGGAUGGCUCAGCGACCAAGAACUUCUAUAUGACAGUCCGCAAUAUCAACAUCGACACUACGGCUAUUGAUGUCAACACCGAGGCGCACGCCAUGGACUGGAGUGUGUCGCAAGGUUGCGACUUGCGCAACGUGCACAUCAAGAUGCCCAACAGCUCUAAACAUAUCGGUGUCUCGAUGAACAGUGGUGGCAGUGGCAUCAUAAUCUCGGACUCUACUUUUGAGGGCGGUGCUAAGGGCAUUGAAUUAAGCAACCAACAAUACAUUUUCAAGAAUCUGUCCUUCAACGCGUGCAACGUUGGCAUUUACAUCAAGAGCGUUUUUGUUGCAACAUUCCAGGGGAUCACUUUCCAGAAUUGCAAUUACGGCAUUGAUAUGGGCCGUGACGGAGCUGCUGGUGCCAUCUCGCUGGUCGACUCAUCGAUCUCUACUUGCAAUGCCGGCGUCAACGCCUACGUGAGCGGCAAUGGAAACGGUGGCCUGACGAUUGACAACUUCCAGGUUGCUGAUGAUGGCACGAAAGCAGUACUGUCCUCUGAUGGCUCUACCCUACUCGCCGGAUCUGUCCCCGUUGGACAGACCUGGGUAAUGGGCAAUGAAAGCCCACAGAAUUAUCAGUCUGGCAAGACUUAUCCCAUCAACCGACCCGCCGCUGUACAGUCGGGAGAGAAGUAUGCAACCGUUCAGAUGCCUCAGUUCGAGAAGUAUGAACUUGAUCAAUUCGUCAGCAUUAAAGGAGAUCCUGAGUUCAAUGUCUACGGAGACAAUGACCACGAUGACGGCCCAGCCAUCAAUGCUCUACUCAAGAAAUAUGCGGGAUGCAAAAUCCUCUUCUUCCCACAGGGAAUCUACAAAACUAGCGAGACGAUCUAUGUGCCAGCUGGAUCUCACAUCGUAGGCGAGGCACAUAGUGUCAUCUCAGGCAGUGGUGACCUUUUUUCGAACGCAGAUGAUCCGCAACCUGUGGUCAAGGUCGGCGAGAAGGGGGAGACAGGCGUGGCGCAGUUCACGGACAUUCUCUUCUCCGUCAAAGACAUCCUGCCAGGCGCUAUCGUUGUACAAGUUAACAUGGCUGGCGCUCAACCAGGCGAUGUCGGCUUCUGGAACUGUGUCAUCCGCGUAGGAGGCUCCAUCGACUCUUCCACCAGCACAGACUGUGGUGAUGCUGAUCCAAGCGGCUGCAAGGCAGCGUUUGCUCUUCUUCACGUCACCGACUCUGCCUCCGCUUACUUCGAAGAUGUUUGGGGUUGGGUUGCCGAUCACGGGCUCGACCCCAACACUGCGGCGCAGAACAUUGCUGUCGGACGAGGUGCAUUGAUAGAGUCUACCAAACCAACUUGGUUCGUUGGAACCAGCUUCGAGCACUGCGUUAUCUACCAAUAUUCGCUCAACAAGGCAUCUAACGUCUACAUCGGCCUGCAGCAAACGGAGAACCCCUAUUGGCAAGGUGAAGGUACACCACAGCGCGCACCUGCCCCGUGGACCGCAGAUGCAGCCUUUGGGGAUCCGGACUUUAGUAAUUGUGCGCAGCAAGGCGCAUCCGAUAAUGACCGCUGCUACCGUGCAUGGGCACAUCACAUGGCAGACAGCAACAACAUUGUGAUCCACGGCUCGGCGCUGUGGGUAUUCUUCAACAAGAUGAACGACAACAAAUGGCAAGACGCCAACUGUGACAACACGGGCGGCGUCUGCCAGCUGAACAUGGCUUUGGUCGAGGGUGCCAACUCGACGUUUUGGUACACGCUGAGCAGUAAGAGCACAACGAACUUGGUGUACGACACGACGGGCGGCACAGUGGCGCUCACGGCGCAGGAAAACAACCCCGGGAGCUGGGGCGCCGUGGUCUCGGCGUACCUGCGCGACUCGGGAGUGCCGGAGGCCCAAUAG